AUGAGUGUUUAAUUAAGUAUUUUGAUUAAUUUUUAUAAGAAAAAAUGUCAGAUGAUGAACGUUUGUCUCUCCAUUCUUACGAUCCAAUUUAGGAUGGGAAUGAUGAUAUCGAUGAGUUUUACAAGGAAUUAAGUUUGCAAUUUUAUGGGGAGGAGAAAAAAAAGAAGGUGUCACUUUUGAUGUCAGGUUCAACUUAAGUAACAAUCAUAUUUAAUGUUGUAGGAGACCAAUAAGCCUAGUAGAGACACACUACCUGAUGUCAAGAGGGGUUUCUAAUUUGUAAAGUAAUCCUCGAGUCGACCGGGUAGUCCAAAAUGUGGACGUAAUCAAGUGCAAAGGAAAUCUCCAAAUCAAAAGUUGUAGAGUAGUCCCACAACUAUAAAGAUGAUUCAAACAAAGAAACUAAUUUAAUUGCUUCAGUCCCCUUACAAUAAGAAAAAUAAGCAAUAACAAACUUUUUUGAAGAAAUAGAUUGACAUGAUCAAAAAGAUUCAGGUAUAAGAAUUAAAGGAACAUUAUUAUAAGUGAG